GUUGACGCGUCUCUCGCAACCUUGAAUCGAUCUCCCUAGCACUGCGUCAGAGGAUGGCGUUCCAGUUCCCUUUUCCCUUCUCUCUGCAGGGCGCUCUGCGCCCCGGUCUGUUCAUUGUCUCGAUGUGCAAUGACAGCGGAUGUAUCCAUAGUCGCACUUGCCCUAUGGCCUUUCAUCAACAACCUUUGGUCAGCGAUCCCGUCCAGAUACACGCGCCAAAUGGAAUUCCUGUCGUGCAGGCAAAGCAGAGAAAAUCCUCAGUGUCCAUCAAGAUGUUUUUGCAUCACGAAUCGGGCCCGGUUGAGAUGAAC